CAAAGACUCUCUUGGACCAAACACUUGUCCUCCCUCCAUCACAAGGCUGGCCUGGGUGGCUGGAAUCGAGGUAAGAGUUUUGUAUUGUUUUUGGGGGCCAUAAUGCCGCUGCUGCCGGCUCCUACACUCUGAUGCUUUUGGCUGUCGACCGCCGCCCUCUGUUUCUGCAUGUUCACCGACUAUUUCUUGCCACGCCACAACCCGAUGCUGCGUUGUGAUAUACCAGCAGUUUGCUUUUUCCUGCCCAAAGUGAGCCAGGAUGCGGUUCAUCGACCAGUACAUCAGCAAUAACCAGGGCUUUCAGCUUGACAUCGUUGGUUUCCUCGCCAUCCUUGGUGAAGGUUCCGUUGAGACAAUCGCCCAAGUCGCUACCCUGAGCUACCUCAUCUACGUCCCCCGCCUCCUCCCUGCGCCUCAGAUCUUCAUCAGACCCUCUCGCCCGGAAAAGUUAGAGACCACCGCGGGAGCCAAAGUCAUUGGAGUCCACUCUGGUAACACCGGGGAAGACAUCCACCAUGUGGCCCACGCCUUGCACCGGGGUGACAAGCUGCGUCCAAACACUGUCAGUUGCGUGCGGGUCAAAGAAAACAACAAGCCUCGUCCGUCCAUCAAGAGGUUCGGUCCGUUGGCCUGGUUGGCAUUUCUGGGCGCGGCCAUGAGCGCUGCAUUGUUGGGCCUUUCGAUAUACUACGAGGACGGAAUGUCGUUGCUCGCGACCGUGCUACUGUCGGCCCUGAGCACCGUCACCGGUAUCGCCAACAAGUGGUCACCCACGCCCAACGACCCGAAACCCGAUCCUCACUCCCCGCCCGGCGACGUGGUCAUCAAGUACCCCCAAGGUGCGUUUAUUGUGGUGAGCUGCGAAGAACGCACAGCGCGGUAUCUCUACUUCAACCCCAGCGAGCGCUGUAUCUACUCGGUGAAAAGCACGGCCAUCUAUAGAGGACUCUCUUUGAUAUCGACCCUAUUGCUCAUGGGUGGGGUGAUCUCGCUGGCCAACGCCAAGAUCCAGACCCAGACAGCCUUUGCGGGGUCGUACAUGCUCAUCAACAUCUUUUACUGGAUCGGUGCCGCGCUACCCCCCGCCCAGCACUGGGACCUGUCCAGACUCGAGGUGGAGCAUAUCGAGGUGCACGGAGGCACGCCGCCUCGGAGUGCAAAAGUCGAUAACUAUUCACCUACCUACACCGAGGCGCUGUGGAAGGCCAUCGCCGUGACGGGGACGAGCAACUGGGUCAAGGAGGCGGGCUGGGCUCCUAGGACGCCGGCAUGGAGCGACUGGCUCAACGAGGCCGAGGAAGCCGCCGUGGGCGAACCGCUGAAGUCGAGCAGGCAGAUUGUGGACGGCAAAGAGGUCGAGAUCUGGACGAUCCGCAACUGGGACAGUCGGAACGCGCUCUCCACGCUGCUGCGCACCACGACGGACAGGUUCCAGGCUCAGCCAAAGAGGGGAUGACCUGUCCUCAGAAUGGCGAACCUCUCUUCAAUCAUCACCAUCUGACGGAUGCGAGGAAUGUCGAUCCAUGUGCGCCCCAGGAUGUUCAGCUAGCCGGCUCGCCAGAGACUGGCCUUCACAUGACCCCUUUUGAACCUGGUCUGAAAUUGGUGAUAUGAGCGAUGCCACGAACAUGAUAUGAAUUUAACGGCCAAAUCAACGAAUGAUAACGAGAUGAGACCAUGAACCAUGACCCAAUGAACCAACGACGCCAAAAAAGUUGCAGCAUACAAUUACAUACGAUUAGAUAUAUACACAUAUAUAUAAUCUCUGUAUCAUCGUCCUUUGUGCCUACUUAACUGACGGAUUACCC